AUGGAAGACUACCAAAUAAAAUUGAAAGAAUUUAUUGAAAACAAAAAACAUCUGGAUGAUGAACAAUUUACAGAUAUUGUAGAAUAUAUUUGUGAAAAUAUUGUAUCCCAUGAAUUAUUGGAUCUUGUUUUAAAAUACCUUGAAAUUUAUUCACAACAAAUUUCAUCUAUUCCAAAAAGGUUAUUUUUUCAUCUUGUUUCAAACACAGAAAAAGAAGCCUUACAUCCUUUAGUUUUAUUUUUGGCAUUACGACACAAUGGUAUUGACUAUAAUUUAAAUUUGGACAAUUUACCUGUAGAAAAAUGGACUUACCUUAUGUCAGCUUUUUAUCAAAGGAUCCCAGAAAUGUUAUUUGAUCCUGUGCUCACAAGAAAUAUGAAGGAUAAAAUAAAUGCUUAUAAAAUGUUGAUGGACAGUCCACAGUGGUUUAAUGAAAACAGAGAUAUUUUUAUAGGUCUACAUUUAAUUGAAUUUGGUAAGUUUAAAAUUAAAUCAAUGCUUUAUAGUUUUUAA